AUGGACCUCGGUGUGGAGGCUAAUCCGCUUAUCCUUCCUUUUCAGCGUCCGUCAAUAUCGGAUACUGAUGAGUCGUUCACUGCGAGGAUUGAGCGUUUAGUACGAGAAAACAACCAACAGCGAGAGGAGCUCGAUCGCCUCCAACAUAAGGUCACGGAGGUCACCGACAUAUCCGAAGGCUGGAAAAUGAGAUGCACGCAACUAGGAAAGGAUCUUCUCUGGGAGCAAGGCAUAGUAUGCAGCUUGGAAGAAGCAUGGUAUUCAACGAGAUUUCAGCUGUUGCACUCCAGUCAUGAUUGUAUAAAAGACCACGCUGUUGUUUGA